GGGACGUGCCGGGCUGGCGACCGAGCGGCGGGUACGGCGUCCGGCGCACUCACUUCCGCGUCCCGCCGCCCUUCGGCCCGCGCGCGCCCAGCUACCGCCGCUCUCGGACAAUAGGCCGCCCGCUCCGGCCGCCGUGAACUUCCUGCUUCGGCUAGACCGGCCCGUGCGCCGGGGACCGCGCUGCCUUUCGGCGCGGGCCAGGAUCACAGCUGCGCGGCUGCGGGGGUGAGCAGCGGGGACGAAGCGCGCCUGGGACGUGCCUGCGCCUCCGGCCCCCGUCCAGCCGGGCGGUGCGGAGGCUUCUACACUCUCCGGCCCAGGAGACUUCACGCCGCCCCGUCCUGCGGCUGCUGCUUUCUGGGUUUCCGAGUUUGGUCGCUUAAGGAGGAUGUGAUUUUUUUUUCUUUCUCCUUUUAUGACUUGAAAAAGAGAAAAGAACGCACUGUAAGCUGGGACAGGGAAGCGCCACCAUCUCCCCCCACGUGGACACUAACGAGGGGAAAAGGAGUUGGAAGAGAACUUGGUCCAUCUGGCCUUGAGGCCUCCACUUGGGCUGGGCUCUAAAGCCUGGGGUCAUGACUCUCUCUCCAGGCAGGUGGAAGGUUUUACCUGUUCUGGGCUGGACUUGAGCCCCUGUUCGUGGCCAGCAUCGUCCCACCACCCCCUCCAAACACAGACGCACCACCCUUGGCACCUGGCAUAGGCGUCCACCCGAGUCUGCAACAUGGAUAAGUACGACGACCUGGGCCUGGAGGCCAGUAAAUUCAUCGAGGACCUGAACAUGUAUGAGGCCUCCAAGGAUGGACUCUUCCGAGUGGACAAAGGUGCAGGCAACAACCCAGAGUUUGAGGAAACCCGCCGGGUGUUUGCCACCAAGAUGGCCAAAAUCCACCUUCAGCAGCAGCAACAGCUCCUGCAAGAGGAGACCCUGCCCAGGGCUGGCCGAGGUCCUGUCAACGGCGGGGGCCGCCUGGCCCCACAAGCCCACCGGGACACUGGGGCGGGCAGCAAGCUGACCACAGACGGUGCUGCCAAGCCCCCUCUGGCUGCCUCGACAGUCGCUCCUGGGACAGCCACCACCAUUGCUGCUGGGCAGCCCUUGUACCCGCCCCAGGAGCAGAGGGCCAGGCCGUAUGUCCGUGGCACAAGGCCUGGUAGCCAGGACUGUGGUUCCAAGGAGAGCCCGGCAACUUCCGAGAUGUCUGCCUUCCACGGGCUGAGCCCCUGCGAGGACCCUUCCUGCCUCAGCCAUGGGGACUAUUACGACAGCCUCUCCUUGGGAAGCCCGAAGUGGGGUGAGGAGCCCGGGGCGCCUUCCGGCGGCAGGCUGGCUAUAGGGAGCGGGUGGCUGGGCUCCUCAGGAAGUGACCCCUCACCGUCCAGACCCUCCAGGGACCCUCACCUACACCAGCCGCAGCUCUCCCCGAGUUCCAGCAGGUCAUUUGAGGGCGCCCAGGACGGGGGUGUCGAUGGCCGCAGCAGUGAGAAGCCAGCAGGUCUCUGGACCACCGCCUCCUCCCAGUGGGUGCGGCCUGGCCUUCCCUCCCCAGGCCCAGAGAACGGGGCCCUGCUGGGGCCGGCUCAGCCCAGGACCCCCAUCUCAGCACCGCUGGCCCUGAGCUGCCCCAGUCAAGGAGCCCUUCCAAGAACAAACUCGGGCGCGGGGAGUGAGGUUCCAGGCGUGACGCCCAAACUGAAUGUGCACUCUCAACCCUGGUUCCAGGAUGGACCCAAAUCUUACCUUUCUAGUUCUGGGCCAUCGUCUUUGCCAGCCAGCAUGGACGGUUUGCAGCUGGGUGCAGCCGCUGGGCUGGGUCCCAAGCCCGGCUGCACAGACCUUGGCGUUGGUCCCAAACUCAGCCCCACCAGCCGUGCGCAUCCAGUGAUGUCCGCCCCGCUGGAGGCAUCUUGUAAAGAAGGUCCCGCUGGCUGGUCUGAGGGCAGCCUGGGGUCUGUGCUCCCAGAGAGCCCCAGCCCCCACCGAGUGAAGCUGCCCUGCCAGACCCUCAGCCCCGGCGCUGAGCCUGGGCCCUCGGCCGCUGAAUUGAAGUUGGAAGCCCUCACUCAGCGUCUGGAGCGGGAGAUGGAUGCCCAUCCGAAGGCCGACUACUUCGGUACCUGUGUGAAGUGCAGCAAAGGGGUGUUUGGGGCCGGCCAGGCCUGCCAGGCCAUGGGGAACCUCUACCACGACGCCUGCUUCACCUGCGCGGCCUGCAGCCGGAAGCUGAGAGGGAAAGCCUUUUAUUUCGUCAACGGCAAAGUGUUUUGUGAGGAAGACUUCCUGUACUCUGGUUUCCAGCAGUCUGCGGACAGAUGUUUUCUUUGCGGCCACCUGAUCAUGGACAUGAUCCUGCAGGCCCUGGGGAAGUCCUACCACCCCGGCUGCUUCCGCUGUGUCAUCUGUAACGAGUGCUUGGACGGGGUGCCCUUCACCGUGGACUCUGAGAACAAGAUCUACUGUGUCCGAGAUUACCACAAGGUGCUGGCCCCCAAGUGUGCAGCCUGUGGACUGCCCAUCCUUCCGCCGGAGGGCUCAGACGAGACCAUCCGUGUCGUGUCCAUGGACAGAGACUACCACGUGGAAUGUUACCACUGUGAGGACUGUGGCCUGGAGCUCAACGACGAAGAUGGCCGCCGCUGCUACCCCCUAGAGGACCACCUGUUCUGUCAGUCCUGCCAUGUCAAGAGGCUGGAGAAAGGCCCCUCGUCCGCUGGCCUCCACCAGCACCACUUCUAGCCAGAGCCUCGUGCAGACCGCAGGGCGGGACAGGGACAAAUCCACCUGCUGAUGCCAGCGGUCCGCCUGGGAGCUGGGGUGGGGGAAGGAGGGCCUGGCCGGCGAGUGCCCGCGCGCGUGCACACCGUGGGUCCUUCCUUUCCCCAGCGAGGCCACCCCUCUCUGUGUGGUGUGUGCAUUUUCCAAGGGCCUUUCUCAGCUGGCAGGCGCUCAUCAGAUUAUUCAGGAAACGCUCCAGCCAGCGUGUGGCAUGUGACGAGAGAUCACAUCAGUGCAACUGAUGGAGCCUACCUGUCCCCUCUGGGGACCGUUCGCUCCAGAGGGAAAGGUUUGCACUGGGCAUAUUUCAUAAUGUCCCUGGAAGAGAGAUUUCAGCUGCCGAUCCAUCGGCCCUUUUCCUCCCUUCAGGAAAACGCGUGCACCUGACCUCCCGCUGCGCACACGGGUGUGCGCAUGUGUGUGCACACACACGAUUCAAGGCUUCCUUCCACCCCAAGCCACAGUAACCCUGUAGACGGGCUGCGAACUUUAAUCGUGUUAUGGCGAGAGGGAGGCCCUAACGUGGGCUCUGUCUCUUAGAUAAACCAGAGCCAGGUGUUGAAAUAAGCGAGGCAGGGCGGCCUCCUGUACGCUGACAGCCCUCUGUGUGUCCCCUAUCUCCCCUGCCCCACAGGUGGCGGGGGGCCGAUGCAGAUUGGCCCUGUCCUAGCAGAGGGCUUUGGGACGAAGAGCUUGGCGCCGGCGCCAGGCUUCUCUGCCCAGCUGUUUGCCUUUUCCCCUUUGCCCUUUUCCGCUCUCGUGCCCUCCGGAGUCUGUGACUUUGGAGUCGCUCCCCCACAGACGAGUCUCGGGACCCCAUGUGCGGACAUCCCCUUUGGAAGUCCUGCCCGCGUCCUGAGAGCCAGCCCCGUGUAGACGAGGCGUGUUUGUGUGUGUGAGACCUCGAAGCCAGGGUGGAGGGCAUGCCUGGGGAGAAGUUAUUACCGUCAUUUCACAAGUGUCUCUCUUACCCAAUUCUUGGUGCUGGCAUUACGUUUGCAGAGACCAGUAUAAGGUACAUUGCUGUCAUCUGUUUUUUCUUCUUUUUUAAAAAAAAAUUAUUUCCCUCCACUGUCAGUCUUCCACACACAAAAUAUACCUCACAGAUAAGAGCUUCACCACAUCGCAGGUAAAGGGGGAGUUCGACCGUCACCGUGGCUCAGCCAGCUCCCGUGGUGUGGCUGUGCGGCCAGCCUCCGGCGGGUCAGGGCGCCGUAACCCUAAGCAAAGGUCAGCAGGGACUAGAGCAGAUUGACAUCAGGUGCUAUGCAUUGCAUCGUGCCACACGCUGGCAAGAUUCCAAGGCAGCCUCUGCCCUGAAGAGGCGAAAUUUGCCCUGCAUGUCACUGUCCUGAGGCCAGAUGGGGGUCAAGGCCCCUUGGUAUGUCAAUAAGAAGAAGAUAUAUACAUAAAUGUUUUAAAAGAUUGGCUGAUACUUGCCCCAUGGCCUUGUCCCAGGAGCGUUGGGCCGUCUUCACCACGUCCAGCCGGGCUGGGGCACGGCAGCUGGCAUCUGCUCUCCGCCUCCUCACCUGGCACCCUGAACCAAGGGACUAGGGGACUGGGGGUUUGGGGCUGUGGUGGGCGGUCAGCAGAGCCCUUCUGGGACUCCCAGACUUUCCACGGGGCCCAGCUUCCUAUCUGGGCUGCGUUUGGCCUCACUCGGCAGCAGCUGCCUGCAAGAAGCACAGCAUGGGCACUGUGGAUUGUUUCACAUUUUUGUUAAAUUCGUUCUGCCAGGAUCCUCGGCUAGAUGUCUCUUCUGUCCCCGCUGCAUGCCUUCCUCGCUUCCUUUUCACGGGCUGAGCCUCCUGAAAAAUCCGGGAGUGCGUGGGGCUGGGCAGUGACCCCCGGAGGUCAUACCCCGCUCUUCCCAUCAAGUCUUCCGGCUCAGCCUGGGCAAGGCUGUGGGCAGGUGAAGCCGGCCGAUACGUCUCAACCUGUCUUUGCCAAUCCAGGAAUGUUCCUCGGCCUUGCAGACUCACCUUUGCUCCACUUUCAAGUAAAGACAGUUGCGUUUGCAAAUUGGGAAACUAACUAGUUAAGUGUGUGAUUGACUUUUUUAAAUGAAAAUUUAAAAGUAGCCUUGAUUGGGGUGAUUCUGAUCUCGCUGCAGAUAUUUUAUGUCAUUGGAGAGCAAAGAAGAGAAUUCCCAGACGAAAUCCAAAAAGCAGCUUCUCUUGCGAUCGGCGUCCUAGGAGAGGGCACCGGGUAGACUCUGGUUUUGUUUCUCUCCUACCCAGGCCCUUGCGUGUAAGCCAGGAAGAGAUGUUCACCUACCUGCUUAUUCUAAACAUUCUGUAAGUUAUUGCCCAAAUAGAACCGUAACGAGGUUGUACUUCCAGGUGGCUUAGAAAGAAAACAAGCGCCUGGUAGACCAGGAUGAGUAAGUUUGCUGUAAAAGUUAGAGCACAUAGCCCUUCCCAAGUUCCCUGGACACCUGUUGGACUUCAGCUAAAUGAGGAGAAUUGUGGCCUGAUUCCAGACCCCAAAGCCAGCCUCCAGCCUUCUGUGCCUCGUUUUGCCCUUUAGUUUUUUCUCGCCACCCGUCACCAGCUCCCCUUCCUCCCCAGGCUGGGCCGUUCAGGCCAGGAACCCAGUUCGGCCGGCUCUGUCCGGAUUCUCUGGGUCGGUCUGCCUGGCGUUUCCCCAUCUGCCGCCGAGUGGGGUGGUUCAUUCGCCUCUCACCUGGUCCUGCCCCCCUCGUCCCCUGUCCCCGGCACAGGACUCCCAUCGCUCCGUGGUGAGUGCCCCAGUGAAAACCUCUUCCUGCUGAGUCCUGAGGUUUGCCAUUGAGUCCUGGGUGGCAGGAGGGAUCGUCACAGAAAUUGCAUCCCCUUCGAGGGCUGCCACCGCCUUGUUUCCGUGGGCUCGAGUCACACAGAAGGAAAACAGGAGUGUUGGGACCCGAAAGAAUGAUCUGGCCUUCCCAGUCCUUUGCAUGCUGUGUUUGUGUGCCUUUCCCACGUGUGUCAAAGUGGGAGCUGUGAGGGCAGUGGGUGCUUUUGGAAAAAGUGUGUGAGAGACCUCACCCCAAAUCAUCGUUGUCUGGUGCACUUGUUUAUAAAAGUCUGCCAGGAAACCAGAUUCUUUCUGCGCUCCUUUGUGCCACAAAUAGUCCUAAUCUCCCAGUUACUAUGUGAAGUAACUUUUAAAAGCAACAGAAAAAAAAUGAACAAAAUGUAUUAGGAUCUAUUGUUCUGAUCCUCGUUUCGGAGGUGGGAAAUUUCCAGAGUGUAUGAAAAUUUCAACUGUGCAGGGAAAAUUAUUUUUCUGUAUCAUCUUUUACCAUAAAAUUAUUCCAAAGUUCACUGUUACUAUGAAAGUGUGCAAAAUAUUACUACUAAAAUCUUCCUGAAAUGUUACUGUUACUGUAAAGUGAUUCAAAAUAUCAUGACAAUAAA